UCACAUUCCUCUACAAAUACCCAAUCUUAUCACACAGUCACAGUACAUCCCAAAACAACAUCUCCAAACAACACCUGUGCAGGAAGAAAGAAGAACUUCACCUGAUUUUCAAAUUUUCCUUCAAAGGACACGGAAUAAAAGAAUGGGAUCCGCCGCCGUUCAGAUGGUAUGCGUGACCCUCGGGGUCCUCGGCAUGAUUGGGGUCAUCGUGGCCUGCGCUGUCCCCCUCUGGAAGGUGACCUCCUUCACGGGAAACAACAUCGUGACCGCACAGAGCAGUCAGGAGGGCCUGUGGACGAGCUGCGUGGUGCAGAGCACCGGCCAGCAGCAGUGCAAGAACUACGAAUCGCUGCUGGAGUUGCCGUCCGAGCUGCAGGCCGGCCGUGCGCUGACCAUCAUCAGCUGCAUGCUCAGCUGCCUCAGCCUCCUCGUCCUGUUCUGCGGCGCCGACUUCACCACCUGCGUGGAGAACGAGGACGUCAAGCCCAAGAUCAGCCUGGUGGCGGCGGUGGGCCUGCUGCUGGCGGGCCUCCUGGUGCUCAUCCCCGUCAGCUGGACCGCCCACAUCGUGGUGCAAAACUUCAACAACCCCCUGGUGCCCGCCAACCUGAAGAGGGAGCUGGGGGCGUGCAUCUACGUGGGCUGGGGCGCCGGCGUGCUGCUCCUCCUGGCGGGAGGUCUGCUCUGUUGCUUCAGCAGGCUCAAAUCCGGAGGCUCCGGGGGAACCGCCAAGUACUACAGCAACAGCGCCCCCACCGCCCCCAGUAAGAACUACGUGUGAUGGCUUCGGGGAGGGUGUGUGUUGUCAAUGGUAGAGGGGCUGCUUUGAGGACUGUAAAUACUAAAUGCUGAUUAUAACUGUCUCAAAUAUACGGUCAUUCAUAUUUACGUAGGUGGUGUUUUGAAUCUUUAAACAGAUUUAUUAUAAGGUGCUGGGUUGUGAAUAUGCUAUUUAAGAAAUAGUUAUUUACACGCAAUUUAUAAUCUUGCAAUGAAACGUCGUUAUUUUCCUUGAAACGAGAAAAGCGUAUCAGUGAGAAGAGAACAUAAAAUCUGAACUCUGCGGGAAAUUCAACAUAUAAGUACCGGUCCUGCCCUUUUAGCCUCAUAUUUUACCAAUAGUUAUCGGUAACAUUUUAUCCCAAGUUCUAUCUUUUCUGUUUUCUAUUAUUUGCUGCCAGGGAAAGGAAAGACAAAGGGAAAGAAGCUCAAAAUAUUCUUCAUCAGAGAGCAUCUGUGUGCACCCGUUUCUCUGAAAUGUCACAUUUCAAACAUUGUAGAAAACAUUGUUACGUCCCAUUUUGUUUUGAUUCUCAUUUUGUAAAGUGAUCAGUAUAAAUGAAUAAAAUUUGGUGUA